AUGGCUUUGCAAAAUGGUGAGCUAUCUAAAGAUCAGUUACUUGAUUCUCAAGCUCACAUAUGGAACCAUAUUUACAGCUAUAUAAACUCCAUGUCACUUAAAUGUGCAGUUCAGCUAAAGAUACCUGAUAUCAUCAAUCGCCAUGGUUCACCGAUGCUACUUUCCGAGUUAGUCAAAGCCCUUGGCAUAAACAAGGAGAGAACUCCUUUUGUCUAUCGGCUUAUGCGCAUCCUUAUUCACUCUGGAUUCUUUUUGAAACAAACUGUUUCAACCACACCCGGAGACAAUGAUGAGGAGGGAGGAGAAGGCUAUUUGCUAGCUCCUGCUUCUCGAUUGCUUCUAAAGGAAGAUCCAUUAAGCCUUAGGUCCUAUUUGCUAGCCGCGAUGGAUCCAGUGAUGUUAGAUCCAUGGCAACAAAUGAGCAAAUGGUUCCAAAAUGACGAUGUCACACCGUUCUACACAACACAUGGGAAAAUGUUUUGGGAUAUGGCAAGCCAAGAGUCAAAGCUUAACCAGUUCUUCAAUGAAGCGAUGGCUAGCGAUUCAAGGCUUGUUACAAGUGUCAUUCUUAAACAUUGUGGGAGUGUUUUUGAAGCGAUAGAUUCCAUAGUCGAUGUUGGGGGUGGUACUGGGACUGUUGUCGAGGCUAUUGCGAAAGCUUUUCCCAAUAUUAGGUGCAUCAACUUUGAUCUUCCUCAUGUAGUUGAUGGGUUGGUUGGAACUAAGAACUUGAGUUAUGUUGGUGGAGAUAUGUUUGAAGCCAUUCCUAAAGCUGAUGCAGUUUUUCUUAAGUGGAUUUUACACGACUGGAGUGACGAAGAAUGUAUGAAGAUACUGAAGCGAUGCAGAGAAGCGAUUCCAAGCAAGGAAAAUGGAGGAAAGUUAAUCAUUAUAGACAUGGUCUUGAAGGUAGAUGAAGGAGAGAAUGAUUUACUCAAGACUCAACUUUUCUUGGAUAUGUGUAUGAUGACUUUGGUGACUGGAAGAGAGAGGAGCGAAAAAGAGUGGGCAAAGUUAUUCUUUGAUGCCGGCUUUAGUGAUUACAAAAUAACUCCGGUUUUAGGGUUAAGAUCUCUCAUUGAAGUUUACCCUAGUUAA